CUCUGUCAGCCUGGGCGAGAGCGAGUGCAGGGCGGGUUUUUCCGCCAGAUACCUUGUUUUCCUGCGGCAGAAACCCGAGGCGGGCGGGCUACUUCCACCAGACCUAACUGGCCCGCAGCAGCGAUAGCCAUGGAAGUUGCUGUGGCGCAGAGCGAGAGCCAAGCACUCGGCGCUGCUUUUUUUGUGGAUGUGUUUUUCCUGCCUAAGUCACUUCUUUCUUCUUCCUUUGGUGGCCGUGCCUGCAGCAGCUCCACCAGCGUGCCAGCCCAAGAGUGCCACUAACGGGCAGCAUCCAGUUCCCCGCCUCUCCAUUUCCUCCCGAGCCACGGUGGUAGCCAGGAUGGAAGGAGCCUCCCAAGGAGGCCUGCAGACAGUUAUGAAGUGGAAAACGGUGGUUGCCAUCUUUGUGGUGGUGGUGGUCUACCUCGUCACAGGUGGCCUUGUCUUCCGGGCAUUGGAACAGCCCUUUGAGAGCAGUCAAAAGAACACCAUCACCUUGGAGAAGGCAGAAUUCUUGAGAGAUCACAUCUGUGUGAGCCCCCAAGAGCUGGAGACAUUGAUCCAGCAUGCACUCGAAGCUGACAAUGCAGGAGUCAGCCCGGUAGGAAACUCUUCCAACAGCAGCAGCCACUGGGACCUCGGAAGUGCCUUUUUCUUUGCUGGAACCGUCAUCACGACCAUAGGGUAUGGGAAUGUUUCUCCAAGCACUGAAGGAGGCAAAAUCUUUUGUAUUUUAUAUGCCAUCUUUGGGAUUCCGCUCUUUGGUUUCUUAUUGGCUGGAAUUGGAGACCAACUUGGAACCAUCUUUGGCAAAAGCAUUGCAAGAGUGGAAAAGGUUUUCCGAAAAAAGCAAGUGAGUCAGACCAAGAUCCGGGUCAUCUCAACUAUUUUGUUCAUCUUGGCUGGCUGCAUCGUGUUUGUGACAAUCCCCGCUGUCAUUUUUAAAUACAUCGAGGGCUGGACAACGUUGGAGUCCAUUUACUUCGUGGUGGUCACCCUGACUACAGUAGGCUUUGGUGAUUUUGUGGCAGGGAGAAAUGCUGGCAUCAACUACCGAGAGUGGUAUAAGCCGUUGGUGUGGUUUUGGAUCCUUGUUGGUCUUGCCUACUUCGCAGCUGUCCUUAGUAUGAUAGGAGACUGGCUGCGCGUUUUAUCCAAAAAGACGAAAGAAGAGGUGGGUGAGAUCAAAGCCCAUGCAGCCGAGUGGAAAGCUAACGUCACCGCCGAGUUCCGGGAGACCAGAAGGCGACUCAGCGUUGAGAUCCAUGACAAGCUGCAGCGAGCAGCCACCAUCCGCAGUAUGGAGCGCCGGAGGCUGGGCUUGGAUCAGAGGGCCCACUCUCUGGACAUGCUAUCCCCAGAGAAGCGUUCUGUCUUUGCAGCCCUGGAUACAGGACGUUUCAAGGCUUCAUCCCAGGAAAGCAUCAACAACCGACCCAACAACCUGCGCAUUAAGGGGUCAGAACAGCUCAACAAGCAUGGGCAAGGCGCUUCUGAGGACAACAUCAUCAACAAGUUUGGGUCCACCUCCAAACUCACCAAGAGGAAAAACAAAGAUCUCAAAAAGACCUUACCAGAGGAUGUUCAGAAAAUCUAUAAGACCUUUCGGAAUUACUCUCUGGAUGAAGAGAAGAAAGAGGAGGAGACAGAAAAGAUGUGUAACUCAGACAACUCCAGCACAGCCAUGCUGACGGAGUGUAUACAGCAGCAAGCUGAGAUGGAGAAUGGAAUGGUACCCACAGACACCAAAGACCAGGGGCUGGAGAACAACUCAUUACUUCAAGACAGAGAGUAAAUGAUAAAGACACUGGAGUUGGACUAAGUGUUGUCUUGUUUUUGUUGUUUUGUUUUCGUUUUUUUUUUCCUUUUUAAAAUAUUCACACUGAGACACGUGCCUUAAAUAGACUUGUUAGUCCAAAAUUACAUAACAUUGAAGAAUAUAUUUCACUGUGCCAUACACAACUGAAAGCUUGCUCUACCUAAAGGAAUCAGAUAAGAGCUUCAUUUCAGAUGGUGGCGGCAGGACACAGGGGGAGCUUUUGCACACGUAGCAGGUGUUGCCUGUCCCCGUGAGGGAGCUCCAGUGGCAGGUGUCGCCUGUCCCCGUGAGGGAGCUCCAGUGGCAGGCCAUAGCCCUCACACAGUGCCACUCUGACGUGGUACGUAGGCAAGGGCAGCUAUUCCUUCGACUAGCCUCUGAGAGGACAGGCUUGGCUUGUGGACGGAGUCUCCAUUCCUCAACGUUCCUUUAGUGAUAGGUUACACACCAAGGGGACAGCUGUUCACAGGUGGCCCUGUCACUCUAACUAGGGUUCAAGUGAACAUUUUUGGCAUGUCCUCAGCUUGAGUUUGGACA